GGGAGGCCUAGGCUGUCGUUGGGGGCGGCCUAGCAGCGGCUGUCAUGGCGGCGCUGAGAUUUGGCCUGCUUCUUUUCUUGUCGCCGCUUCGGGCAGCCGAGCCCAGCACCGAGCUCCCGUCCAGCCCAGAGGCGCCAUCGAUGACCCGUGCUACCGCUUGGGAGCGGGGUCGUAGCGGGCCGGCCCCGCUCACGGACGUUGCCAAGCUGUGUGUUUGUGAUCUGCUGGUGGCACAGUGUGAUAUAAAUUGCUGUUGUGACCCUGACUGCAGUGCAGCAGAUUUCAGUCUCUUUACUACGUGUUCAGUUCCUGUUGUCACAGGUGACAGCCGUCUUUGUAGUCAGAAAGCUGCCAUAUAUUCACUUGAUACUGAAGCAAAUCCACCAGAAAGAGUUUUUAAAUUAGUUGACCAUGUAAAUCCCAGUGUUUUCUGCAUUCAUGCUACAAACUAUGAACAAGCGCUCUCCUUUAGCUCCCCUGAAAUACCUACUGCUGAAAAUUUUGAUCAGCUGCUUAGAAAGUAUGGAAGUGCUACUUUCAGUGCUGAGCCCGACAGCUGGAGUAUGAACUCAGAUGCUUCAGAUUCUUCUGAUGCAAAUGAAAGUUACAGAUAUGAGUAUGGGGUUCCUAUACAGACGGUGGAUGCAUUUCUCAGGCUGCCAAGUCCUGUCGUCUCCUCUUGGUGCUCUGAUGCAAACCCUGCAGGGUUCUUAGUGCAGCAGGCUACAAAAUGCAUUCGAUCAAUCAGCGUGGAAAACUGUGGCAACAUUGAAGCAGCUAGUAUGCUUUUUUACAUCAACUCCAGCAUUUUAGCAGUGCCUAAAUCAAGUCAGAUGGUUAACAUUACUGUCCGGUCCGUAGUUGUCCAGUCUCUGAAUGGAAUGCAGACUUUACUUAACAGCAGUGAUGUCCUCAGGCACCCUGUGAUUUUGAAUGAACUGUGCAUAAAUGUAGUUCUUGGGGUGAGUUAUCAUAUUACAUACACAGACACAGGAGAAAUAACAGAAGCAGCUGCUUCUUUUGUCUUGGGAGCAGUUAACAAAGAAGCACUUUCAAUACAACAGAGCUUUGAAAUCAGCUUUACUCAGGUGAAUACAAAUCCAGUGCCUUUCAGUGGUAAUCCUGGUUAUGUUGUUGGACUGGCUGUAAGAGCAGGCUUCAAGCCACAAGGAUCAGGCAUCAUUCAGAGUACUAACAAAUACAGUCAGCUCACUAUUCUGCAAAGCACAGCCAACCAAGAUUGUCUCACAGCACAGGAAGCCAGAACCCCAGUGUUAUUUGGUUACAACAUGAUAUCAGGCUGUAAGUUACGAAUUACAGCAGCUAUGAAUUGCCAGCCCUUGGCUCAGAUCCUCCUGGAUUUACUGAUGGGACAAAGCUUUCCUGAAUAUGUGGCCUCAUUUGGAAAUUCUCAAGCCCAGGAUGUGCUUGACUGGGUGCCAAUAACUCACCUUCGCAUCUCAGAACAGAGCUCCUGCCAAAUACCAGCAGCACUUGACAUAGAAGUGAAGUGGACUAAAUACGGAUCCCUAGUCAAUCCACAAGCCAGAAUAGUAAAUGUUACAGCAACAAUCACUACUACUACAUUGAAGCAGCCUCCUCUGGGAAGAGAAAGGACUAUUCCUAUAACAAGUUCUGUUGUUUUCACUGAUAUUUCUUCACCUGCAGAACCAGGCUAUAAAGCUUGGCCCACCAUUAAUGCCAAGUUACCCCAUGACUUUUUCUUCCCAUUUGUCUAAGAUUCCUUUAAUGUGUUCAUUUAUGAGCUGUGGAAGCAGAUGACUUUGUAGCCCAGCAGGCUGCAAACGAACACUUAAAUGGAAGAAGAGAUGAUAGAACACAGGAUCAGAACU